AUGAGUGCCCCCACGGGUUUUCUUCCAGCUGAUCUUGCGAAGGUCGCCGCCCUUCACCCAGACGAGAAAUUCACACUCCCUUACUAUGAAAAAGAGUCUUAUCCCAAAUACACAUUUGUGGUUAUCGACACUCCAAAACCAACAUCACUGACAGUUGCCAUUUUUGUUGUUCCUCAAGGUAGUGAAAACGAGUACCACUACGCCUGCCCAGAAGGGAAUCGAGAUUUGUCAGAAGCCAUUUCGGCAGAGCGUCUUCUUUUAGUCUACAUUGAUCCACACUACACCGUCCCUGACCUUGCCUCGAUCAUCCCCGAACUCUCUAAUAUUUCAAAAACCCUUAUUCCUUCAACCCUGGUUUCGGGUGAUGCGCCAAUUUUGACUGCGGAAGAAGGUCUUGGCCACAGGAAAUUACUUUUCGAGAAGAAGUCGCAGUACAAUGGGAAGGUGCUUGUCGAAGAAAUUGAAAACGACGACAAGACCGCGACACGGCGACUCAAAUUUGACGGGUUCCGAACAGUCGUGCAAUCGGAGGCUGUCGUUGAAAACGGGAAGUUGGAUGUCGAGAAGUCUAUUCAAGCGUCGCCCUACCAGGACGCGAUAAGGAGAGGGCUUGUGUUCUUCUGGAGGUCACAGAGUGACUUGCCUUUCCGAAUUGUCAUUAUCGGAGCCGGUGGGUGUACGUUAACUUUAGGUAUUAAGAAAGUGCUUCCGGAGUCGCGUAUAGUCUCUGUUGAUAUUGACGAAGUUGUCGUUGAGGCUGCGGAAAAGUACUUCUUUGCGGAACACGAAGAAACGACGAAGGUCAUUACGAUGAAUGGCAUUGAGUACUUAAAAACCCUUGCGAACAAAGCCACGGAGUCUGCGUUACAGAACGCGGUGCACGCAGUCAUCAUUGACGUUGAUAAUAAGCCAAAAAGUGACGAGGAGUUGACCGGACCACCUCCACCUUUUGUCCAACAGAAUUGUAUUGUUGAUAUGAUCAAAUCACUUUUUGUCGCAAACAUGAAUUCUAUCACACCACCACUUGUCAUUUUUAAUAUUGUUACUCGUAACGACAUGUUGAGAAGAGAAACAGUGACUAAACUUGCAGCAUACUUCAAACAAGUGUAUAUCUGGCAAGGUGGUAACGAUAUCAAUUGCAUUGUCUUCGGGUUCCCUAAUGAAGUGCAAAGUUAUAACAUCGAAAAGGACUUUAAGGAUAAUAAAGGAUUUGAAGAUUUCUUGGAUGGAUUAACUAGGUUCAAGUGA